CCAGACCCUCCAGAUUCAUUGAAUACCAAUUCUAAUCAUACCCCUCCUACUGUAUGCUGGUAUAAACGUCCUGGGUUUGCAAGAAUAUUAUCAAGAUUAAUUGUGGAUUCUCCACUUCUUAGUAUACCGUCAUCAAAACGUUUAUUAUCUCCAUCAUGA